GCGCCGCUUUGGCAGCAUAGCGGAAGAAAAUGGCGGCCGUGGCUGCAGAGCCAGGAGCUGCGGCGGUUCCGACAACAACAAUAACCGCGGCGACGAACGACGAGGGCCCGUCAGAACCGGGCCCGACCGGCCCGAGACUACCGGGAGCCCCACUGGAAAUCGAGGGGCCGCCCGUGGAGCCGGUCGUCCACCGGGUGGAGGAUGGUGGGGACGGGGAGGAGCGCCGCCAUGACAGGCCGGAGCUGGAGCCCGCGGCGGGAACAGCGCUCUCUGAUGACGCCGUUAACGAUGAACGGAUCGAUACUUUCCCGGUGGACCUGAUCAGCAUGGACCGGUUCUCUCCCGGAGUACCGGCGGAUCCAGAGGGCGGCGGGAACGUGUCGGUGCAGGCGGCGUACCGCAGCAUCCUGGCGGAGCCCUCCGCCGUCUUCCUGCACUCCUUCCCGGCUCCCCCUCCCGUCACCGAGGCCGGACUGUCUCUAGCGGAACCGGCAGAACCGACCACCAACGUGACGACGGACCGGACCGAGACCGCGGGCCGAGACAGAGGCUACACGGCUCCGGCCCAACCGGAGCUGAGGUCCGGCCCGGCGGAGGACGGUACCGCUGACCGGCUGUCGGUCUCGGACGGCCUGGACCCGAAGCCGGGGUACGGGAAGAACUCAGCGGGGACCGAAGAGCUGCCGGGCGGCGGCCCGCGGGACUCCUCCCCGCCCUGCAGGUCCCCGAAGAGGCGUCUGGCGGCGGACGGUUCCGCCGGGGAAGACUCCUCUCGGCCGGAGCCCGGUGUCGGUGCUCCGCCGCUCGGCUCCGGGCCGGAUCUGAGUCCUGGGUCCGAGGUCCGGGUCUCUCUGGACCACGUCAUCGAUGACGCGCUGGUGGUGUCCUUCCGGCGGGGUGAGAAGGUGUUCUCCGGGGUCCUGAUGGAUGUUUCAAAAAGGUUUGGACCGUAUGGUAUCCCCAUCACGGUGUUUCCCAGACGGGACGACGGGAGUCGACCACAGAUGUCUGUGCAGCCGCCCCCCUUGAAAAACGCUGACCCAUCCACCAAACAGGAAGAGGUCAUCGUUAGCCCCACGUCCCCGUCUUCUCCCCAUCCUCUCUCCUGGACCUCCAAACUGCCACCACUGUUCCAGGAGGGGGCGCCGUACCCCCCUCCUCUCUUCAUCAGGGACACCUACAACCAGGCCUUACCUCAGCCACUGCCACGCAAGAUCAAACGGCCAAAGCGGCGCUACCGCUGCGAGGAGCCAACCUCCAUCAUGAAUGCCAUCAAGCUCCGCCCCCGCCAGGUGCUGUGCGACAAAUGCAAAAGUGUGGUGGCAUCAGGUGGGCACAGGGAUUCAAGGCGGGGCACAGUGGAUCUGAGGAGUGAGGAGGUAUCACGGCGGCGGCGAACAGCCGAGGGGCCAAUCUCCUCGGAGGUCAAACGGCUUAGAAGUGAUGACAAGGGAGGGCGCACUGCUGCUGACAGACGCUCAUCAUCAGGGAUACGUGUGUCAUCUUCAUCAUCAUCUUCCUCUCGCCGUGUCCUGAGGGGCGUGGCUUCAUCUUCACCUUCGUCAUCCUCGUCCAGUCGCAUGUGUCUGAAUCUGAACUCUAAGAAGGUUCUGGCCAAAGGUUCCACUGGCGAUCGGUCCAAAACACGGCAGGUUCUCAAGAAGCUGGCGAGGAGCUCCCAGCCACCACCACCACACCGUCGGCCCAAAGAUCAGAACCAGAACCAGGGUCAAAACCAGGAACGCACCAAGGCCAUGACCCGAGCCGCUGCCCUGCAGAACCACAACCAGAAGGUGCACUUCACUCGCCGCCUGCAGCACCUCAGCGGCAACGCCAUCAGCUCGAGUCCUCACACGGUGCUUCCGCCCAGAAUGCGCCUCAAACCCCAAAGGUAUCGUACCGACGACAGCCAGGCACCCUCCUCCUCCUCAUCCCCGCCCAAACAGAGUGCUCGCUUAUCGCCUCCCAAACCAUUGUUAAGCCCUGCCCCAACAGUGAACUCAGCCCCGCCCGUAGAGCCACCCCCUCCCUCGACCACAUCUCCUCCUCCGACUCCCCCCUCCUGUGCAGCCAGUGUUGCCAUGGACAUGCAGGAGGUCAGCCCUUCUGGGGAGGAGGGGGCGGAGCAGGGACAGGGAAGAGAUGAUGUGCAGGUAGUGGAGGCUCCUCCCCCCUGCUCCUCCUCCUCAGACUCCUCCCACUCAGAAUGCAGUUUCACAGAGACCUUUGACCUCCCCCCUCCAGGAGACCCACCUUCCUCCUCUCCCUCCGCUCCCGCCCCCCCUACCUCCUCCUCGUUAGGGCCUCUGUGUCCCUCCUCUUCUUCUCCUACCGCCCCUCCCCCCAGAGCUGAUGGCGAGGAGACGCAGGCCGGCGGCGGAGAGGAGGAGGAAGGUGAACUGAAGAGGCGUCGUAAGUCCUCCACAUCCUCCUCCUCCUCCUCAUCUUCGUCGUCCUCCUCCGUCUUCUCCAAGUUGGUGUCCAAAUGUUCGCUCCCUGAUGGUCGGAUGGUGUGCGUUGGCGACAUCGUCUGGGCAAAGAUCUACGGCUUCCCCUGGUGGCCGGCGCGCGUGCUCGGCAUAACGGUGUCACGGCGCGGCGACACAGGGCUGGCGGUGCGGCAGGAGGCGCGUGUCUCCUGGUUUGGCUCCCCCACUACCUCCUUCCUGCCGCUCACUCAGCUGUCGCCCUUCCUGGAGACCUUCCAGUCACGCUUUGACAGGAAGAGGAAGGGGCCGUACCGUCGUGCCAUUGCCGAGGCCGCCAGCGCAGCGAAACAGCUGACACCUGAAGUCCGGGCGCUGCUCACACAGUUUGAGACGUAGCAUCAGCUACUGCUGCCAACACCUCCCUUCCUGCCCCGCCUAUAUAAGGAGGUGGGAGGAGCCUUCCCCCCUCUCCUCAGACUGAUACCUGUCUGUCUGUCUGAGACGGACGCAAACAGAUGGACGGUCCUCACGUUUCUGUUUCCUGUUCUGGUCUUCCCUUUUGGAGAGGAGGGGGCGGGGCCUCUGAAUUACCUGUCUGCAUGGGCGGGGCUUACCUCUGUGGUCACCUCCCCAGGUCUUCACAGAGGUCCUCAGUUUCAGGCAGGUGUCAGUCAGCAGCAGCGUUUCCCCUCUCCUCGCCUUCACAGCGCUGUCUGUUUGCUAACUAACCUGAUGAUGUCAUGGUGAUGUCAUCAGUCUGUUUGCCAGGCACAGAGGCUCUAUGAAAGACACUGUCCAGUUGCAUUAUGGGUAAUGUAGGAAGCAGGAUAUCUGUUAAAAGGAAAUCCUAAAUGUCCAGUGUGAUUGGCUGAAAGCAUCAUCAGGAUGAUGUCACACAUUUACAUCAUCAAAGAUGAACCUAUAAUUUCAAAGUAAACACUAAUUAAGAUCCAGAUGGUGAAGCUAAGCUAACAUUGGCUAAGCUAACAGUGGUCACAUCCAGCUGCAGUGAUUGAUCGAUGAGUUCUGAUUGGUUUCUGUUAAUUAUGUUUGUCUGCUGGUGGCGAGGUGAAACGCUGUGACGCUCUGACAUGUCACUUCCUUUUGUGCUGGUUGUCAUGGUUUCUGCGGGUUCUGCUGAGGGACAUCCACAGACUGAAAGUAAAAAACUGUGAAACACAAAGUGUUGUUCUAACUGAGGCCCGGGGUCCAGAUCAGGGUCCAGAGCUGAGUCAGAGCCUGAUCAUGUGACCAGCUCCGUCUGUUCUGAUUGGUACAAACACAGCAACUAUUACAGCUUCUGUAAUCAUGGGUCCCCGUAAUCCUGUGCUGAUGAUGUCAUCAGUGUGUGACCCAGCUGUUGAUGUCUGAUUGAUCAGACUGAUCAGUGAUCAGACGUAUUGAUCGCUGUGUGUUUGAUCCCAGGGCCUCAGUGGAUCACCAUUAGACUGACAGACGGACAGGUAGGACAGGUAGGACACACUGACUGUUGGACAGGACGGCUGCUCUGCUCUCUGACGAUGAUGACGAUGAUGAUGAUGCUGAUGACGAAGGUGGAUUUUCCCUCUGUGCUGUGGGACUCCGUUUCCCGUCUGUUUGCAGAUCAGAGAUCGUGAGCUGAACUCACCUGAGUCUCACCUGUGUCUGUUUUUUUUCUCUCAUGUUUUAAAUUCUAUUAAAAAACUGUCAAACUUUGAA